AUGGCGAAGCGCGAGCUGGAGCAGCCGACAACGACGAAGCGAGAGUUGGAGGAACCAAGCUGUUCGGGCUCAACCUCAUGUUCCACUGCCAAACGUGCCCGAUUCUCCAUCGACACUUUACUUGAAGGCCAUCACAGUCCAUCUGGAUCCACUGACUGUACUCCAUGCCCCUCGCCUGAUUUUCCUAAUUCUGACGCGAAAGCUGCUCGACCAACAGCUACUACUACCUGCUCUUCCAUGUCGACCACAUCUGCAAAAGGUGAUCAGCUUGACGGCAUCGAAUGUCGCCUUGAAGGAGCCGAGUUGUGGGAGAAGUUCUACGAGCUUGGCACUGAAAUGAUUAUCACGAAGAGCGGACGAUAUCGCUAUAUCUAUAACAAAUCUGCAUGGUUGACAGCUGGAAAGGCAGAACCAGCGCCGAAGAACCGUCUAUACCUGCAUCCAGACUCACCGUAUACUGGUGAGCAGCUGCUGAAGCAGGUGGUCUCCUUCGAGAAAGCGAAGCUCACGAACAACGAGAUCGAUAAGGCAGGCCAUCUAAUUCUCAAUUCUAUGCACAAAUAUCAACCACGAAUUCAUAUCGUCAGGCGAAAUAAAGGCCAACACCUCGAUCACAAUAAGAUGAAUCUCGCUGAAGAAGUUCAUCGAACGUUCGUUUUCACCGAAACACAGUUCAUGGCCGUGACAGCAUAUCAGAAUCAAUUAAUUACGAAACUGAAGAUAGAGAAGAAUCCAUUUGCGAAGGGAUUUCGAGAUCCGAGUGGAAGGUCACCAGAGUACGAACCUGAUUCACGACCCGAUCUACCUCUGAUUAUGCCCAUGUACAAUCCAGUCAUCUUUCAACAAGCUCUACUUGGUCAAUAUUACCUCAAAGCAGCGGCCGCCAGAGUAAUGCCGUCGUUGAAUCCGUCAAUGCUGUCACACGUGUUGUUCUCACAAAUGCCGGCCUUGCCGAACUCAUCCGAUCGGCCGCUGAACGCCAUCAACCCAUCACCGGCCAAAUCGGAGAGUCUGCCUAUCUAG